AUGUCCGGAUUCCCAGGACAGCAGUACCACAACAACCACGGCCAGCAGCCCCAGCAGCAGUACUACGGCGGGGCUCCACCGCAAGGAUAUGGUGCGCCACAGCAGGGCUACGGAGCACCGCCACCACAGCAGGGCUACGGACAGCCACAGUACAACGGCGGCUAUCAGUCGACACCUCCUCCACAGCAGUAUGGGUACCAGCAGCCACCUCAGCAAGGUUACGGCCAAUACGGCCAGCCGGUCCCACAGCAAGGACCUCCCUCACACCAACAGCGUCCCGGCGCGAUGCCCACAGCGACAAGCAACCAAUGGACGCAGAACCACCAAGGGCCCCCGCCUCCGCCCUCUGGCGCACAGAACUUUGGCCACGGCGCGCCCAACGGCUAUUCGUUCCAGUACUCGGCAUGUAACGGGCGACGGAAAGCGCUGCUGAUCGGUAUCAAUUACUUUGGCCAGCGGGGGCAGCUCCGCGGUUGCAUCAACGACGUCAAGAACAUGAGCACAUAUCUGAACGAGUUCUUUGGGUACAAGCGCGAGGACAUGGUCACGCUCACAGACGACCAGCAGAAUCCCAUGAGCCAGCCUACAAAAGCGAACAUCCUGCGCGCAAUGCACUGGCUGGUCAAGGACGCAAGGCCAAACGACUCGCUGUUCUUCCACUACUCAGGGCACGGUGGUCAGACUCCGGAUCUCGACGGCGACGAAGACGACGGCUACGAUGAAGUAAUCUACCCUGUCGACUUCCGAACUGCCGGCCACAUCGUCGACGACGAAAUGCACCGCAUCAUGGUCUCCACACUCCAGCCCGGUGUCCGCCUGACUGCAAUCUUCGACUCGUGCCAUUCCGGCUCCGCCCUCGACCUGCCCUACAUCUACAGCACCCAGGGUGUGCUCAAGGAGCCCAACCUCGCAAAGGAAGCCGGCCAGGGCCUCCUUGGCAUCGUCUCUUCCUACGCGCGCAACGAUUAUAGCGGCAUGCUGUCCACGGCCUCCUCUCUUUUCAAGAAAGUCACGCAAGGCGACGACGUGUACAAGAAGAACCUGCGUACCAAGACCUCGCCCGCAGACGUCAUCAUGUGGUCCGGGUCCAAGGACACGCAGACGUCGGCCGACGCGUCGAUCGGCGGCGAAGCGACAGGCGCGAUGAGCUGGGCCUUCAUCACCGCGCUGCGCAAGAACCCGAACCAGAGCUACGUGCAGCUGCUGAACAGCAUCAGAGACGAGCUCGACGGCAAGUACCAGCAGAAACCGCAGCUGAGCUGUAGUCACCCCCUGAAUACGGAUCUUUUGUAUGUGAUGUAG